GUCUGGUUAAUGAGUAACUCAGGGGUUCAGAGCUAUUCAUUUUUUAAGACAGACAGCAAGUCCACUGCUGACCUCAGUUAGGCUACAGCAAUAGCAAGCCAUCACAAGAAAAAUUCAAAGGAAAUUUCUGUCCAAAAAGGCGGAACAUGCGUCAUAUAUUUUGCCCUCUCCUUCUGCUCUCCUGCCUCUCGGUAGGCCUAGCGAACCGUGUAUAUGUCCACCCGUUUAACCUCUUUGCCUCUGAGAACGUCAGCUGUGAGACCAUCAAAACCGAAGUGACCAAACCACUGGAGACUGUCCCUUUGACCCCCAUUAACAAUGACAGUGUGGUGCCUGACACUCGAGACUUCUCAAGCACUGACAGACUGAAACAGAACGUCACUCAGCGCACUGCUGUACUGGCAGAGCUGCUCAACUCCCUGGGUCUCCGGAUGUACAAGGCUCUGAGCAGCAAGCAAAAGGACUCCAACACCUUGCUCUCGCCCAUGAACACCUUUGGCUCUCUGGUCACCUUGUACCUGGGGGCCUCCAAAAAAACAGCCAUCCCUUACCAGCAGCUGCUGGGCCUGAACAGGGACACGGACAGAGACGACUGUGUCUCCCUAGUGGACGGCCACAAUGUUCUUCGCACUCUGCAGGACAUCAAUUCCCUGGUGGAUGGGCCCAAGGAUGAGAUCAACACUCGUGUGUGGGCCUUUGCUCGCAAGGGCGCUGACCUCUCGAAGGACUUUGUCCAAGGCACCCAGGACUUCUCUGAUGCCUCGUACAUCAGAGCAGUGGAUUUCUCCCAACCCCAGGAAGCUGAGACCCAGGUCAACAACUUCAUCCAGAAGACAUCAGACAGGAAAAUCAUGAGKCUGUUCAAGGACCUUAGCUCAACCACAGAUCUACUGUUUGUCAGCUCUGUCCAUUUCAAAGGCAACUGGAGGAAGGCGUUCCAGACAGAGAAAACUACCAUGCAGGAGUUCAAGGUUGAUGCGACAACAACUGUCAUGGUCCCUCUCAUGACCCACACAGGCACCUACAAGUACCUGAAUGAUAAGGACAGGAAGUGCACCGUGGUGAAACUAUCUCUGAGCAAACGGGCCUACAUGCUGCUGGUGCUGCCUCARGAGGGGAGCAGCCUGCAUGACAUGGAGUCUCGACUACAGUCAGACAUCAUCUCUGGCUGGCACAGGCAUCUGAAGGAGGGGUUCCUGGAACUGUCUCUGCCCAAGUUCUCCAUGACAGCCUUGACUGACCUAAGGUCAUUGCUCUUUGACAUGGCAGCUGAGAUUGAGAAAAGCCUGCUGGGUUCAGAUGCUGAGUUUGAGAGACUCAGCAGUAAGAAGCCGUUCAGUGUUGAUAAGGUGUUCAACAAAGUCAUGUUUGAGAUGUCUGAAGGUGGUGCUGAGAGUCAAGACAAGACCCAAGAUGAAGGGGUUCCCCUCAAAUUCACUGUCAACAGGCCCUUCUUCUUCGCUAUUGUAGAGGGAAACUCCAAUGCCAUUCUCAUGCUGGGAAAAAUAAGAAACCCGACUCUUUAGGGCUUCUACAUCAACAUAACAAAUCUGUGACCAACUGCAGAAGAAUGCACAUGAAAGCCUCCUGGAUCAGCAGACUUGUGGGUUUGUACUGACAGAUCAAUGCAAUAUUGCAUGUUCCCUUACUAGUAUGAUAAUUUAUUCCAGGAGUUAAGAACUUAUGUAUACAUCAUGUAUCAUGUUUGUGAAAAAACACAAUAUUACGCUGUAUUAAGCUGUAAUGUAUUCACAUAGAGCACAUUCAAAUCAAAUCAAAUUGUAUUUGUCACAUGCGCCYAAUACCACAGGUGUAAGGUGUAGACCUUACAGUGAAA